GUCCGAGUGGAGAAGACACUGAGAACUAAGCGAAAUUUGCACAAACUUAAAAGACAAUGGAGUAUCCUUAUUUCCGAUUUACACACUGUACAAAAACCAGGGAUUCCUGACCUGUCUUGUCCACCACAAUUCUGACUUUGUCUGCCAUGCCAGUUCCUCUUUCACCUUUACUCUCACUGUUUUACCCCGCUGUCGUUUCUGUCCUACUGAUUCCCAGUCUCCCCAAUUAGGCUUCUAUUGCCUACCCAAAAACAGUUCUACUUUAAUCUCACUCUCAUUUUCAUACCCUAAAUAUAAGACUAUAGUGACUAGUACUGUAAUGUAGCACUGUAAAGCUGCAAUGGUAACCAAAGCAGCACCUACUUGCUAGCCAAACGCCAAACUCUUUCUUCAAGAUAAGGCAUUUCUUUAUCUUUUACCUUUGUAAAUACAACCAGAAUGAAAAGUUAAAGAAAUUAGUGGUUAUGGCUUGGAAAUGAAGGAGCGUCAAAGGUGGCGGCCAGAAGAAGACGCACUGUUAGGAGCUUACGUGAAGCAAUAUGGACCUAAAGAAUGGAACCUCAUUUCUAAACGCAUGGGUAGAACUCUUGACAGGGACCCAAAAUCAUGCCUUGAACGUUGGAAAAACUACUUGAAACCUGGGAUAAAGAAAGGAUCUUUAACCCCUGAAGAACAAAAUCUUGUCAUUUCUCUUCAGGCAAAGUACGGUAAUAAGUGGAAGAAAAUUGCAGCUGAAGUCCCUGGUCGUACUGCUAAAAGAUUAGGCAAGUGGUGGGAAGUUUUCAAAGAGAAACAGCUUAAGCAGCUUCAGAAAUCACAGAAACUUAAAGAUUACGCUGACCAACCGUCUGUUUCUACCGUCUCCGGUGGUGGGUCGCCGGAGGGAGGAGUUUCCGGGAAGUACGAUCAUAUAUUGGAGACUUUUGCAGAGAAGUACGUGCAGCCAAAGAUAUUUGCUUUUCAGCCUCCUUUGCCUUUGCCAGCUAUUAAUAUCAUGCCAAAUCUUGAACCGCCACCGGUUCUUUCUUUAAGCCCUGUUGCUAUUAACGAACCGGUGAAUUCCACCACUAUUCCGCCGUGGAUGAACUCAGCAGCUAAUGCAUCAUCUUCUGCUCCAUCUCCUUCUGUUAGUCUCACCCUUACACCGUCUGAACCGGUGUUGCGUGUACAUGAACCGGUGCAACCGGAAUAUGGUUUGACAAGCCGGUUUUAUCCGGUUCAGCAACUGGGCACCCUAAUCCAGUACUGCAAAGAGCUGGAAGAAGGAAAACAGAACUGGGUACAGCACAAAAAAGAGGCAACUUGGAGACUGAACCGGCUGGAGCAACAACUAGAGUCAGAGAAAGCUAGAAAAAGGAGGGAGAAAAUGGAGGAAAUAGAAGCAAAGAUGAGGUGUUUACGUGAAGAGGAAAUAGCUUUUAUUGGAAGAAUGGAGAGGGAAUAUAAAGAUCAACUCAGUGCAUUACAGAGAGAUGCAGAGGCUAAAGAAGCAAAGUUAAUUGAAGCUUGGAGUAAUAAGCAGCUAAAGUUGGCUAAACUUAUUGAAAAACAAACUGGAUGCAUUAGAAUCUAAAGACUGGCAUUACCAUGUUAACCUUUUAGAAACUACUGUUAGUAUCAUUUGUGUGUUGUGUUAUAGCUUUCAUGUUCUCGUCUUUGUGAUCGUAGAGAUGAUUUUGUAGAUCAAGUGUGUGUUGAUGAUAAAAUUUGCAAAUUUAGUCAUGAUUUAAAAAGAUCCUUAGUCACAACUCAUAUUCCUCUCGACGUCAAGUUUUCUCUUACAUCGUUUAUUGGUUUGCUUAUAAAUAGCAUGUUUUCUGGAUAAAGCCUAAGUAAUGAAAAUUGUGCAUGU